AUGAGGCAGCUCAAGUUUCACGAGCAGAAGCUGCUGAAAAAGCAUGACUUCUUGGCAUGGAAGCAAGAUGCUGGUAUGCGCGAGGUGAAGGUGAUGCGGCGGUACCACAUUCAAGACCGCGACGACUACCACAAGUACAACAAGCUCGUAGGCAAGCUUCGACAUCUCGCGCUGCGUCUGUCGACUCUUCCCGUUGCGGAUCCUUUCCGGGGCAAGCACGAGCAAGGAAUGCUUGCCAAGCUGUACGAUAUGGGACUUCUCGACACGGGCGCCAAGAUGUCCGACAUCACUAACAAGCUCAACGUAUCCGCGUUCUGCAGGCGCCGUCUUCCCGUGGUAAUGGUGCGGCUCAAGAUGUCCGAAACGGUCGGACAGGCGGUCAAGUACGUCGAGCAGGGCCACAUUCGUGUGGGACCGGAUACCAUCACGGACCCAGCGUUCAUGGUCACAAGGAACAUGGAGGACUUCGUCACCUGGGUCGACACGAGCAAGAUCAAGCGCACCAUCGCCAAGUACAACGACGAGCUCGACGACUUUGACCUGCUCUGA